AUGGGGACGCUGCUGCGCUCGGCCCUGCGCCCUCUGCGCCGACUCGGCGGCCUCCGGGGGCCGGCUGCAGAUGUGCCGCUCCGAAACGUGCGCCACGACGCCGCCGACCUGCUCUACCCGGGGCACAUCCCCACCUCCCCGCUGCAGAAGGCGCUGCUGGCCGCCGGCUCGGCCGGAAUGGCUCUCUAUAACCCGUACCGCCACGACAUGGUCGCAGUUCUAGGGGAGACCACAGGACUCCGUGCCCUGAAGGUCCUCAGGGACCAGAUGAGGAAGGAUCCAGAGGGUGCUGAGAUCCUGCAGAAGCGUCCCCGGAUCUCACUGUCUACCCUUGACUUGGACAAGCUCCGUAGUCUGCCUGAGGGCUCCCUUGGCCAAGAGUAUCUCUGUUUCCUGGAUGUAAAUAGGGUCUCCCCAGAUACCCGAGCACCCACCCGAUUCGUGGAUGAUGAGGAGCUAGCCUAUGUGAUCCAGCGGUACCGGGAGAUUCAUGACAUGCUCCACACCCUGCUGGGGAUGCCCACCAACAUCCUGGGGGAGAUCGUGGUGAAGUGGUUUGAGGCUGUCCAGACCGGCCUGCCCAUGUGCAUCCUGGGUGCCCUCUUUGGACCGAUCCGACUCAGUGCCCAGAGCCUGCAAGUGCUGGUUUCAGAGCUGAUCCCAUGGGCAAUUCAGAAUGGGCGCAGAGCCCCGUGUGUCCUCAACUUGUACUACGAGCGGCGCUGGGAGCAGCCCCUGAGGGCUCUACGGGAGGAGCUGGGCAUCACAGACCCCCCCACCGUGCAUGUCAGGGGCCUGGCGUAGGCCCUGAGCCGCUGCCCACACCACCACCCAACCUCCCCUGAGGCGGACGAUUCUUUGGCCAUUACCUUUGUUCCUUUUCUUUCAACACUGACCCUUGGGCCCUUCAUUUGUCGUAAUUUGUCAUAACCACUGUUGAGUGGCUUUGAGGACCACCCCAGGAGGGGGCAUGCAGGGCACUAGAGCUCCCAGGAGAGCCAGGAGCUGCCCAAAGAUCACCACAUGUGAGAAUCAGUCGUCCAGCCUGGUGCUGGGGUGUCUCAGGUCCACUACUCCUGUUCUGGACCCAUCCCUGCCAUUGAGGGUUUUCUGGGUGCCAGGCUGGGUGUCCUCCAAGAGGAAGGGCUAUACCAGUUUCCAAGACCUGAGAAGGGGCAGGCGAGUGUCCACUGUCUGAAUAAAGUCUGCCAUCAGACCAA